AUGGCUUCAGGAGAUCGCAUGCUUCAUGUGUACUACGACGACGGCGUGGUCACCUUUCCAGCAUACGUCUCGCUGCCACCAUCGGCUCGGCCUGACUUGCAAGCGCUCCUGGCCGCCCAUCAAGCGCCGUCGGUCAAAUGCAUCACUCUAUCUGCCAGGAUCAAAUCGCCUCGAUCGCAUGCAUGGGGAGGCGCGCCCAAGUACAAGCAGCAAAUCGCACUGAGGUGGGGCAUCUCGAUCGACCGUAUUCGUGCGCUCAGCAUCUCUAUUGGCAAUCAAAAUGUCCUCGUCGAGGACCACGACGACUGGCACGACUGGGCCCGCGCCCAUUUCGCCUGGCUAGGCAGGCCAAACGCUCUCCGGCAGGAUCCUGGCACUCCCAACGCAAUGGAUUCGGUCCACAUUAAGGUUCUGAUCGACACGCCAGCGCAAGAGCAACUGUCGACGCCCGGGCCCUCGCAAUCGGUCACUUGGGCGUCGUCAACUCCCACUUCCUCCACUAGCGCUUCACCGCCUAGCGCUCAGCAUUGCGACGCUGCUAACCAUCCCGCAACAUUCUCUGAGCAUGCAGCCGAGCCACCUCUUAUGCGUUCGACGACGCCUACUCCAUCGUCGUCGGCGCCCGCAGCACCGUGUCCACAGACAAACAAUGCCAGCACGACAGCACCGCAGCAACAGACUUUCAAUGCCGCUUCGGCAUCGGCUUCCGCGUUGGCGAACGACAUCGCCGGUUCCGUCCUCCAAGCGCUCCAGCCUGUCUCGCGCGAUCUGCCCGUCGUCUCGUCCAGCCUCAUCCUGUCAGCCAUCCCGCAGGCACUCCACUCGAUCCACAGCGUCAGUGGUGGCAUCUCUCCUGGACAGGGCACGCGUUCUGCGCACGCAUUCUCGGCUCCGUCCCCGGCAGCCACCUCCAGCUCUACCGAGAAUCACGCGUUCGCCGCUCCUCAAGCGUCGGCACAGCCUGUUGAUACUCCUUUGCAGGCGGAGGAUGCAACGAGCGCCAGCACCCUAGCGCAGCAGAGACAGUCGCUGAUCGAAGGCAUGUUGGACGAGCUUGCUCGUGUACGUGCACAGCCAGCACCUUCCGUAGCCCCGCAAGCGACGCCCUCACCCUCCGAUGUUGUGCAAGAGCCUGCAGCCGAGUCCGCGAUAAGUGCCGAGCUCGGGCACGCAUUUGCCGAGAUGCUGUCGCAGCCCGAUGCCGGCGUCCUCGCUCAACCUGAGCAUCAGGCGACAGACGAUGACGAGACGUUCUCGAUCGUAUCCACACCUGCCUCGGGGGGUAAUGCGGCACGUUCACGUUCACGUUCUCGCUCGCGCUCACGCUCUCCGCGCCUCGGCACCUCGGGGGUGAUGUUGACACUUCUCACGCUGUUCACAUUCCUAAUUGGUCUGGUUGUGCCUGUAUCAGGUAACGCUUUGAACCCGCACCUACUUGGACGCGAUACCCCGGCGGUUGUAGGCCGACAGACGCGCCAGCUUCAUCUGUGCAAGUGCACAUGUUUCCAGACCAACUCUACGCUGGUGCCCCUCUAUGCUCCUGCUGACCCCUCCAAGCCUUGCGGCACCUGCACGCGCCAAUUCUGCCUCGACCAGAGUCUGGAUAUCUGCAAGGGCGCAAAGCUCGAGCAUACCGACCACGAUGUGGGGACAGGCUUCGAGGGGGAUGUGUGGGCAAAGUGCUUCGAGAGAGACAGCUACAAAGACCAGUCGAUCAUCACACUGUAUUUGCUCGUGCUUGUUGCGCUCGUGGCGUUUGCAGCUCUAAGGACCAGGAUGGAGGGGUGGUAUCAGGAUUACCAGAGACUGGGUCCGCAGGGUAUUUAUGAUGCCGUACGUCAGUCGCCAUGGCGAACAUCCGCACGUUGA